AUGUCUUCUUGUUUCAAAUCCUCUGUUUCUCUGAUCUCAAUUUUCUUCUUCAUCAUCUUCAACACGGUUUCUUCUGCUAAAGAUCCAAUUUAUCUCCUCCACUAUUGUCCAAACACAACAACAUACACAAGAAACAGCACUUACUUAACCAAUCUCCGAACCGUUCUCUCAUCUCUCUCCUCUCCAGACGCAGCUUACACGUCGCGUUUCGAUAACGCAACCGCCGGCGAAGAUGAAAAUGACAACAAUAACAGAGUCUACGGCCUUUUCCUCUGCCGAGGAGACUUCUCACCCGGAAUCUGCCGCGAUUGCGUCGCGUUUGCGGCCAACGAAACGCUAUAUAGAUGUCCGAGAGAGAGACAGGCAGUGAUCUGGUACGAUGAGUGUAUGUUAAGAUACUCCAAUCAGAGCAUCGUAGGGAAAAUGAGCCUCAGACCAGCUGCUUACUUACGGAACACGCAAAACAUCACAGAGAAUCAAGUCAGCAGAUUCAACGAGUCUUUGGUUGCUUUGCUGAUCAACGCUUCGGUGAAAGCGGCUUCGACCUCCACAAAGUUUGCAACGGAUAAAGCGAACUUCACGGUUUUCCAAACGAUUUAUAGUCUUGUACAGUGCACGCCGGAUCUGACGAAUCAAGAUUGUGAGAGCUGUUUGAGACAAACGAUUAAUUUGUUGCCGAGAUGUUGUAAUCGAACCAUUGGUGGAAGAGUAAUCACGUCAAGUUGUAGCUUUAGAUACGAGAUUUAUCCUUUUUACAAUGAAAAUAUUACUGCGGCUCCUCCUCCUUUGUCCACGGUGGCUACACCACUACCACAAAAAGGGAAAGGCAAGAGCUCGAAGGUCAUAGCCACCGCAGUAGCUGUUCCAGUUUCUGUCUGUGUAUUACUUCUUGGUGUCGCAUGUUGUUUAUUGGCAAGAAGAAGAAAAAUUAAGCUCGGUGCUAAAACAGAUGAUCAAGAUGAAGAUGGUAUUACAUCAACAGAAACAGUGCAAUACCAGUUUAGCGCAAUCGAAGCAGCAACAAAUAAGUUUUCAGAAAGUAACAAGCUUGGUCAUGGUGGAUUUGGUGAAGUUUACAAGGGUCAGCUUAUAACCGGAGAAACAGUAGCUAUAAAGAGACUAUCUCGAGAAUCGACGCAAGGAGCUGAAGAAUUCAAGAACGAAGUUGUUGUAGUCGCAAAACUACAACACAAGAAUCUUGCUAAUGUAUUGGGAUAUUGCUUAGAUGGAGAAGAGAAAAUACUUGUCUAUGAGUUUGUUCCUAACAAAAGCCUCGACUAUUUUCUUUUUGAUGAUGAGAAGAGAGGACUUUUGGAUUGGCAAAGAAGGUACAAGAUCAUUGAAGGGAUAGCUAGAGGAAUACUAUAUUUACAUCGAGAUUCUCGCCUUACGAUCAUUCACCGUGACCUUAAAGCAAGCAACAUACUCUUAGAUGCAGACAUGAAUCCAAAGAUCUCGGAUUUUGGUAUGGCAAGGAUCUUUGGUGUUGAUCAAACUCAAGCCAAUACUCGGAGAAUAGUUGGUACAUAUGGUUAUAUGUCUCCAGAGUAUGCAAUCCAUGGGCAAUACUCGGUGAAAUCUGAUGUUUAUAGCUUCGGAGUCUUGGUUCUUGAACUUAUAACCGGCAAAAAGAAUAGUAGUUUCUAUGAAGAAGAUGGUCUUGGAGACUUAGUCACAUAUGUUUGGAAGCUAUGGGUAGAGAAUUCCCCACUGGAGCUAGUGGAUGAAGCAAUGAGAGGGAAUUUUCAGACAAAUGAAGUGAUUAGAUGCAUUCACAUUGCUCUGUUAUGUGUUCAAGAUGAUUCUUCAGAGAGACCUUCAACGGAUAACAUUCUUGUGAUGAUGAACAGCUUCACUGUUACUCUACCGAUUCCAAAUCAAUCUGGUUUUCUGCUUCGAACCAUGAGAGACUCUAAAGAUCAACAGUCUGUAGCUUCUGCAUCUGAUCAAUCUGUGACAAGCAAGUCUUUGCCUUUGCCUGUUGAUGAUUCUUCCAUCACUAUUGUUUAUCCUCGUUAA